UCAAUAUAUACAAAACUCCAAAAUUAAAAAAAUUAAGCAUAUACAAAAAUAUAAACAAACAGGAUUUCUUACCCUUGAUAUACAGUUAUAAAACUACACAAUUCUUCCACAAUGUCGGAUCAUAUUCCAGAAGGUACUACCAGUUUCCUAAUGAAUUGUGCAUUGGGCAUAUCAUCAGUGUGGGCAAUGGACAAUCUAGAUUCUAAAUAUAAAUUGUACGCUUUUACUUUGAAAAUAAUGGCUUUGCAUGCAAUGGUUGGAAUUUAUAAUUAUGUUCAUGAAGAAUCAAGCUUAAAAGAAUUAAUAUCACCUAGAACGGACUUCUUUAUUAGGCAUUGUAGUGUUCCAAUUGUUGCAAGUGAAUUAUUCCAUAUGCAUGCAUUAGGAUAUAAGGAUAUGUAUUGGCACCAGUUGGCCUGUGGCGCAGCCCCUUUAAUUGUGUACGCUUGCCGGGAGCCUCAAAAUAAAUUGAUGAAUGAUUGUUUUCUAGCUUUCAAUGCUUUAUCUAUGUGUUACAUGGCAUAUUUUUCUGAUGAAAUACUUCCAGCAUAUUUAGGAGCAUUUUCAGCAAUUAAUUUUAAAAUGUUUGAGCUUAUUUUUGGCCCAAAUGAGGACAGACAAAUUUUUUUACUUGGAUUAGUUGCCUUCAAUUAUUUGAGUGUGAAAUGUUUAUCUUUAUGCAGUUAAUAGGAAAAAAACAAAU